CGCGCACCUUUGGCUUCUGCCGCUGCGCUCGGGAGUCCCCCGGCGGGUGUCUCUGGAUUCUUUGCGUCCCGUUCCUUCUUUCCGGCUUCCCGGUUCCUGAUUUGACUGUGCCGGAGCGAGGGGCUGCCCGGGACUCCGGCGAGGUGGCCGCAGGCUGAGACAGAAUUGAAGCUUUUUAGCUCUGUGCCUAAAAUGAUGAUAUCCUUUACCCUGCAGUAUGUUUAAGAAGCAUUUUACUUUUACAGCUAUGAAAACAUAUGGAAUACCUAUAAAGUUGCCAAGACUUGAGCUGAACCCCAAAGAAACUUGAUUUAACAGCAGCAGUGCUGAGAGUUAUUUGGACAAAGUGGAAAUAAAGUUCACUAUAAUGGAUGAUAGGGAAUCUCCUACAAAUGAUCUUCAUUUAAAUUUACAAGAUGUACUUCAUACUGACAUACAGGAAGAAAGGAUCAAAUCUUGCUUGGCUUCUUCUCCAGAUGAAAAUGAAAAUCAGUGUAACAGUAAGAAGAAGAAGAAGAAUACUCUGAAAAACUCUCGUAAUACAAUGGGAAGAGUUGAGCAGGACAGCAUUAAUAAUAACGAAGACAGUGGAGACUAUUUAUCCUGCUUCCAAGAAGAUGAAAGCGAUAGGGCAUGUAAAAGUUUGAAAUCAGAUACACCACAGAAGCUUGGUCCUGAAAAAAAGAAUCCAAGAAAAACAAAAAGUCCUAGCAGGAAAGUCAAACAAGACAAAGCUGACUUUAUAGCAGUAUCUUAUGUGCAAGAGACAGAUGGAAACAAGACAAAUUCAAACCAUCCUCUGAAAGAACCAGCUCAAACUUUACAAUUUCUCUUCUCUCUUCUUCAAGGAGAAUUUAAGCAAAUUGAUUCAAACGUGCUUCCCCUGUUCCUGCAUCAGAUUGCUGAAACUUAUUUUCAGGAUGGAGAAUAUGAGAAAGCAAUGAAGUUCAUUCGGCUUGAACAGUUGUAUCACAAGCAAUUGAUUGCAAAUCUCUCUUCCCUUCAACAGCAGUGGGAAACAAAAUGGAAAGCAACAGAGGGCAGUGUGGUUCCAAAUCUAAAGAAUUUUUCUAAAGAACUGAAUAAUGAAGAGCUAGAUAAACUUGCUGAAUUUUGCACAUCUCAUCAAGAGCCACUUGUCUCCAGAAGCAAGCUCAUAAAUAAAGAAAUAUCCUUCAGAUGUGAACGCUUCAUAAGUUUAAUGGCAUCUGAAGAUUUAAAAGAACAAAUUACUUCUACAUGGGAUUCAGCUACUCAGAGCCAGCCAAGUAUUGAAGCAAAGAAAAAGAACCAUCAUAGAGAAAAAGAGAGGGAUGAAAGUUUCCAGUCUGAAAGCUGUUGUCUGAUUAAGGAAAAAGAAAGACUUCAGCUAUCUACGAGGAAACAUAAUCUCGAAGAGGAGCUCUGCUGUACUGAACUCACACUGAAUCAGCCAUUUGUUUUAUCCACAGAGACCCUGGACACGCCUUUCUCUCAGUGUUUAUCUUUGAGGGAUGCUAGUGAAAAUGACAGCCUGCAGCUAAGGAAAGAACCGUUCUCUCAGGAUGGAGCAAAAAUAGAAGCAGCAGCUGAGAAGCCUGCAGCAAGUUUUAGUGAACCGAUGGUAGAUGCAUUAGUUUGGACAGAUGCUGAUUAUAUACCUCCUGAUCUUAUAGCCACAGAUGAAAAUAUUCCAUCCGAAAGAAACUUACUGAGGACAAAAAGCUGUUCUAGCUCUGUGGUGAUUGCCAGUAGCCAGCUGGAAAGCAACCUAGUAAAUCAGCCACAGCAGCAACAGCCUGAUUAUGAAAAUAACAGAAAAUCUGUGCAAAACCAACCAUCAGACAUUAGUGGGAAUGUACAGUUUGACACUGAGAUGUCCAAACAGCCUAGAGUUGUAUAUGAAUGGAUAUCGGAAGAAACAACAGUACUGGAAGAAAAGGGUGAAGGUGUGGAAUCAGAAGGCUUCUUUGACCAGAUUUUAAAUGGUACCAUAAAAGUUAGAGAGGGGGCUCUUAAAUUUCUAGAAGUCGAAGAGAACUCUGAAAUUCUUCCAUAUAUUCCACUUGAACAAGCACUUUAUUCUUCAUCAGAAGAUUAUUCACCAGAUGAAAACUUUUCUUCACUUGAUGAGCUUGCAAAGCGAAUACAGAUUGCAGAGACUGUUCCUGCGGAGGGGCUUGUGUCUAUAUUGAAAAAAAGAGACGACAAUGAAGAAAAAACAUUGGCUAAAAUCCAGCUGAGACAGUCAAAAAGAAGAGUGAGAUUCCAAGAAAUGGAAGAAACGUUAGAACAAGAGGACGUUGGAGCUGGCUCCUGUAUUUUGCUGAUCUUACUGUGCAUAGCAACUGUCUUCCUUAGUAUUGGAGGAACGGCAUUAUACUGUACACUUGGCAACACAGAAUCUGCAGUCUGUACUGACUUUGCUGCCAAUGUGGAUUUUUACCACAGGCAGAUACAGAAGGGUAUAGAAGAACUUAAACACUGGAUAAUUUUAUAAUAAAAGAAGAAAUAUGAACAUAUAGUAAUAUGUUACUGUUGAGAGAAGAAAGAAAAAUAGUUCAAGCUUCGAAUAAUUUGGCACUUUCAGAAGAAGUAACAUGACAGAGGAAGCAUCUGUAGGGUACAUAGGAGUUAAUGUCCAGUAAUUGGAGUAAUUAUCUAGAGUUAUUGAUCAAUUUUCAUGAGGCAGCAUAAGAGACUAUCCUAAUGUUCUCCUUUUGAAAUGUUCAGAACAAUCUUCCGUUUUCCAACUUAGAAAAGAAAAAGGAAGUUCAUCUUUCCUAAAAAUUUCCAAUCCUCAUACAGUCAUAUGCAAACUCUGUAAAUUUUAAUGCAAAACAGUUGAUUUUUCUUACAUCAUAAUGCAAAGAUAUUAUCUUCAAUUAUCAUGCAAUAAGUUCAUAUUUAAUGGAAACAAACUUUAUUUGUUUCAUGUAUUUUAUGUUUUUAAUUAUUUCAAUGAAUCGUACUAAUUUGGAUGUGGCAGUGGUGCAAAUAGUAGCCUUCUACAUUUAGAUGUUAUUUAAUUGUGCAGCAUUUUAAAAUGUAGCAGUUGUAAUAAGUGAUGCAUUCAUUAUUUUCAUAUACAGUCAUAUACAAAACAUGCGGAGAGAGCUUUAGUAAUAGAUUCCUUAAAAUGGAUUUAUAAAACAGGUUCUCUAUAGAAAACCAAAUAUAAAAUAUGGCUCAUUUCAGUGCCAGUAAUAGCCAUUCAGGGUUAGUUGGAAUAAGGUAGCAUCCAGAUUGAAUUAAUAAAUAAAUAAAUUAUGAUUCACAUUUUUAAAAAAAGAGUUCACUUUGCACAUUUAUUUUUUUAGAUCCAUUUUUAUGGUAUUGUGAGUGUUUAUCUAACACUGUAAAGUGGAACACAACAAAUAUAUUUACAAGCACUGAACAUAAAGCGUCUAAACUUGACAGAGACAUUUUUUCCUCUUUGAGUGUAAUUCUAGUAACAAAAGUGGGUUUCUUCUCCAUUACAAGCCAAAAUGGGCCUUGGACAAUGUUAAAUCCUUUUUUGGUUUUAUUAAAACUACUGGUUUCUGUUACUCCAAAUUAUAAAGAAAAAAGCAAACUGAAAAACUGUACCUUAGAAUGCUUAGAAUGAAGAUAUACGAUAUGUAUUGUACUUUCUUUAUUUGAAUAUUGUAAGCCUCCCUGAAUCACUGAAAGUCGGGUGGCAGAUGAAAGUUUAAUUUAUUUUGGUUAGUUGCAUAAUCAGCCAGAUAUUUAGAUUGGAUUUGGAUUUAUUUUUUUUACUUUACUCCUCCCAAGAAUCUGGGAGGGGCAGAUGUUGAUUAAUGUUAUUAUUAAGGUAUGACCACAGGAUAUAAACUGUCCGAAGUAAAGCUGCCUUUUGCAA